AUGAGUGUUCUUCAAUACCCAGAAGCCAUGAACGCAUCAGAUCUUCAGGUAUGGAACAAUGCCGCAUUCGACAAUGGCGAUUCCGAAGAUAUCGCAAUCAUAAGAUCUUCUUGGUCUCCUCUAAAACCCAUUCUUGUGAAUCAAUCCGAGUCUUUUGAUUCUCUUUCAAGUAAAGAAAAUCAGAGUCCUGUGACCGAAAAAUCCCAUGUUUCUCUCAAGACUCCAGCACCAAUCAAGCCACUUCACCCAAAUGGCAUUAUCGGAAACUCACAAGAAAAUCCACCAACCACCCUUCUCAAUCACAGUCUCAUUGAGAAGACAGCUUUCAAGAAUAAGGUUCUUCGCGACGAAAAGAAGAUCGACGCAGAGAUUGAGGAGAUUCAAAUGGAAAUCACUCGAUUAUCAUCGAAAUUAGAGGCGCUUCGGCUUGAAAAGGCAGAGCAGAAACUGAAAUUGCUCGAAAGGCGAAGAAGAGUAGUACCAGCAAAGUUCAUGGAGCCGAAACUGAGUGUUAAGAAUGCAGAGAAAGUGAAAAAGAUCGAAGAACCAUCGUCGAUGAGUGCUAGAACAAAAUUGCAGAGAAGGGGUUUGAGUUUGGGUCCAUCGGAGAUAGUUUCCGGAGCACGAAGGGGUGUGAGUUUGGGUCCAUCGGAGAUUUUUUCCAUGGCCAAGUCGAAGCAAUUGGGUGGUAAGCAAGAAAUCAUGACCCCUGUUCAGCCGAUACAGAAUCGAAGAAAAUCGUGCUUUUGGAAGCUACAAGACAUUGAUGAAGAGAAAGUGACAAAAGAAAGGGGAAAGAGCUCGAGUGUUAGUCCGAAGUCGAGGAAGAUGAUCCCAAAGACCCAAUUUUCAAGGCAAGCAGCGACGACAGCGGGAUCGAAGAAGGCAGUGAAGAAAGAAGAUGGGGUUCUUUCAACAAUUCACCCAAAGAAACUGUUCAAAGAUGGAGAGAAGUCAGUCCCUGCCAAGAAGCCAUUGAAACCGGGACGAAUCGUUGCUAGCCGAUAUAAUCAGAGUGCUACUGGGAAUUCAGCAAUGAGAAAGAGGUCUUUACCGGAGAAUGAUAAGGAGGACGGUAAGAGGUGUGACAAGAAGCGUUCUUCGUCGUCGAGUGAGUCUAUUUUAGAAGAAAAAACCCAGAAUCAAGAUCAUACUGAGACUCGAGUGAAGAAGCAGUGGGAAAUUCCCGGUGAGGUAGUGAUUCACAGAGGUUUGAAGGAUGAUGAUGAUGAGGAGACUCCAGUACCGGCUGCCAAAAUUCCUGAAAUGCUUCCGAGGAUCAGGGCUGUCAGGUACCAGAAUGACAGUCCACGGGACUCGGGACCGGCUAAAAGAAUGGCACAGUUAAUUGGAAGAAAAUCCUACUUCCGCAAUGAUGAUGAGGAUGAGGAGGCACCAGUUUGUCAGGCCUUGAGUUUUGUGGAAGAAGAUGUUGAAGAAAAAUAA